AGCUUCUGUCACAUGAGGGAGAGGGAGAGACACACAGAGAGAAAGUGUGUGCAUGUGCGUCUGUGUGUGCAGAACAGAGUUCAUCUCACACUGAGCCACAGCUACAUGAGAGAGCUGUGAAAACACUGGCACAGGGUCAGACUUCAGCUGGAAAAAUCCACAGAGAUUCAACAGCAGCCUGGACCUUCAUCAUCAACCUCAUCAUCAUCUUCAUCAUCUGGACUCGAUCAUGGCUGUGUGCUUCGAGCUGUGUUGUUCUUCCUAACACACACAGUGUUUGAGUGGAAAUCAGAAGAGACAGGAGGGGCAUCAUGAUCUCUCACUACCCCCUGGCAUCUCUGCUGCCGUGGCCACCGCUGCCCCUCUGCCUGGAUCUGGACGCUGAUGGAGGAGUGGCACUGCAGAGAUACCAGCCACGAUCGCCUGACAGCAGCCCUCGACACUGGAGUUCUGUGCAGGACUGGGGUGAGGAGGUGGAGGAAGGGGCCGUUUACAGUGUCACUCUCAAGAGGGUCCAAAUCCAACAGGCAGCCAACAAAGGGGCAAGAUGGCUGGGGGUGGAGGGUGAUCGCUUGCCCCCGGGUCACACGGUCAGUCAGCUAGAGACGUGUAAGAUCCGGAGUAUUCGUGCAGGUACGCUGGAGCGGCUCGUGGAGACUCUGCUCACAGCGUUUGGCGAUAACGAUCUCACCUACACCAGCAUCUUCCUGUCCACCUACAGAGCUUUCGCCAGCACACACAGCGUCCUGCAGCUGCUGCUCGACAGGUACGGACACAUGGAGGACAGUGACGGAGAGAGCAGUCAGAGCCAAAGUGGGGAAAAUCGAGGCGCUGUGAGAACGGCAUUAGCGUCCAUCCUGAGGGCGUGGCUAGAUCAGUGUCCCGAGGACUUUCAGGAGCCGCCAUCUUACCCAAGUCUGCACAGGGUUUUGGAGUUUCUGAAGAAGGCAAUGCCAGAUUCAGAACCGACACGGAAAGCGCAGAGCCUCCUGGAGCAGCUCCAGAGUCACUCCAACGGGGAGAGCGAGACAGAUGGUGGUUUCCACGGUAAUAGCCCUUUCUGCCUAGGUGAAGACGAGGAAGUGGAGAUUGAGGUUCAGGAGGACUUCCUGUCUUUCAGUGCCGACCUGGUGGCCGAGCAGCUCACCUACAUGGACGCGCUGCUGUUUAAGAAGGUGGUUCCUCAUCACUGUCUGGGUUCCGUUUGGUCUCAGAGAGAUAAGAAGGAGAACAAGCAGGCUGCUCCCACCGUGAGGGCCACCAUCACCCAGUUUAACGCUGUGGCAGGCUGCGUGGUGAAUACCGUGCUCCACCCGAGACACCUGCGACCACACCUACGAGCACGGAUCAUCCAGCGCUGGGUCGACAUCGCACAGGAGUGUCGCAUUCGUAAGAAUUUCUCCUCCCUGAAAGCCAUUGUCUCCGCCCUGCAGUCCAACCCCAUCUACAGACUGAAGAGAGCGUGGGCCUCCGUACACAAAGACAGCAUGCAGAUGUUUGAGGAGCUCUCAGACAUCUUCUCCGACCACAACAAUUACCUGACGAGUCGAGAGCUGCUCAUGAAGGAGGGCACGUCGAAGUUCGCCAAUCUGGAGAACUGUGCCAAGGAGCAUCAAAAACGCUCGCAGAAGAGACUGCAGCUGCAGAAAGAGACGGGCGCCAUGCAGGGCACAAUUCCGUACCUGGGAACGUUUUUGACCGAUCUGACCAUGCUGGACACGGCACUGCCCGAUCUGGUCGAGGGCGGCCUGAUUAACUUCGAAAAGAGGAGGAGGGAAUUUGAGGUGAUCGCUCAGAUCAAGCUGUUGCAGUCUGCGUGUAACAGUUACUGCCUCAAUCCUGACUCCACCUUCCUGCGCUGGUUCAAGAACCAACCCCAACACACUGAGGAGGAGAGCUAUGCUCUGUCCUGUGAGGUCGAAGGACUCGGAGACAGCAGUCCGACGUCACCGAAGUCCCGCACCAGUAUGGUGAAAAGACUGAGUCUGCUUUUCCUGGGAACAGACGCCACGGCGAGCACUGCCACGAGUUCCCCUGUGAGAGAGACGGCACGAUCGCCCCCUGCUGGCAGCUCGGGGGAGAGCAUGGACUCGGUCAGUGUGUCCUCCAGCGACUCCGGUCCGUCAGACACCGAGGGCAUGACGCCCACACACACUCUCCACUCACAGAUGAACAAGAUGUCGGAGUCUUCCUCCUGCACGUCCCUGCACUCCAUGGACACGUCCUCAUCCUCGGCUAGCGGAUCUGCCGCAUCGUGCUCCCACCGCCGCUGCGCAUCGCUCACACCGUCUCCGACCUCGCCGGUAUCACCUGCGUAUAACACACAGACCCAGGACGCCUGCAUCAUCCGAGUGAGCCUGGAGCACGGCAACGGGAACCUCUACAAGAGCAUCAUGUUAACGAGCCAGGACAAAACCCCGGCUGUGAUCAGCAGAGCCAUGGCUAAACACAACCUGGACGAGGAAAACGCCGAGGCCUACGAGCUCGUUCAGGUCAUAUCAGACGAAAGAGAGUUGGUAAUUCCUGACAACGCCAACGUCUUUUACGCCAUGAACACAUCAGUGAACUUCGACUUCGUCCUGCGAACUCGUGGCUCCGAAGGACGACUGGUGCAGCUUCGCUCUCGCUGCAGCUCCACAUUACCACGCACACAGCCACGCACCAGCCUGUCCCUCAGGCUCAACAAGGUCACACUUUGACCUUUGACCUCAACCAGGGUCUCUGUGUGUGUAUAAACUUGUAGAUAUACAUAUGCAUGAAGUAGGCGAUCCAGAAGUAGACAGUAGACCCGCCUGUUUUAAGUGCAAUGCUCAAAGAAUUUACAGUAUUUCGGACUUCUCUUUGUUCCCGUCUUCAGGGCCACGUCCUGAUCCAACACGUGGAUCAAGUGGCCUAGUAGAGUUCUCAGAGCUUCGACUAAAGAUGGACCUCUGAAUGGAUUUGAAAAAAAAACAAAAACACUCAUGUGCUUUAUCAGUAUUCUGCUCUUACUGAGCGUCUCUCUGCCUUUACUCAUGAUGAUGAUGAUGAUGAUGAUGGGACGCUCACAUCAGUAUUGGAAGUGAUUAACAGGACCUGUGAUGUUGUCAUCGCCAUCGUCGCUUGCGUGUGUGUGUAUUUUUUCACACCCUCAUGCACUUAAGUUCCUCUCGGCGCCCCCUGCAGGCUCUGACGUCAGGAGCUGUAUGACGAACGAAACGCGUUCUGAUCCGUUCCUGAUCAUCUUCCCGAUAUGAAGGUUCUCCGACUCGGGAAUCACGGACUGAGCUGAGCUCUGAUUGGUUGCACUUGUUCGUUGUUAGUCAGUGGGUGGAAGUAAAGAGUUGUAUUUAAACAAACAACAACAAAAAGCAAUCGAUCCAACCUUGUGUUAUUGUAUUUCAGUCUUCCACACGUUAGUGUUCAUAAAAACACAACACUAGGAAAAGUAGUACGUUUUUUUUUCCCCCGUUGUUGUUGUUGUUGUUUUGUAAAAAGUAGCUCGACCCUGAUUUAGAAAAGGAAUUGGUAAAUUUUUAAAUAUUUACUCAAUGGCCAAACUGUGAAGUGUUGAAGGUAACAGCGUAUUCACAGGUCAUAUCCUCUCAACUGCCUCCGCCACGUCCCAGAUCACAUCCCUCACUUUUCCUUUUCUUUCUUUUUUUUUUUUUUUGCUACUUCACGUUUUCAUUCUGCUCCAACUCCGUACACGGCCCUGAGUGUUCUCAAAUGGCAUACUUUCUUUUCUUUACUUUUAGUUCUGAUAUUGCAAUUCAGCAUCAUGUUAAUUGUGCACAACAAACACAGAAUGCUAGAUGUUGAUAUCAUACAUAAUAAAAAAAUACAUAAAAAAUAAAGCUGGCCACUCAGAGUGUGUAUUUAAAGGCAGAAAGGCUUUAAAUACACACAGAAAGGCCUGUCCGAAUGAAAUGCUGACAAAGCUGCGUGUCGGGACCUGAGCUGGGUUUCCUGAUAACGAUGACUCUUAGUGAAUAACAACUUGGAUGUACAUGACGGAGCAGCCAGUUUUGUGAGUGUUUCAGUGAUAUUAGGGUGAUGGAUCGCACUUCUUCAACAACGGAGAGGAUUUUGGCAUAGAAAAUACCGACCUUUGCCUUUUCGAGGUCGAAUCGCACAUGAAAUCUGAAUAAUAUUAAUAAUAAUAAUAAUAAUAAUAAUAAUCUACUCCGUAAGUAACAAAUGUGACUUGUUAUUUUAUGAACAAGUUUACAUAGCCAAAGAAAACAGAGACCUGAGCGUUAUGAAAGUUUCAGGUAAUGUUUCCACUCGUGAGCGAUUAUUGAAUGCAGUGCAUACAUAAAGACGUUAGUUCAGGACUGACACAAAAAAAUGGCAUCUGGUGCGAUUUUAACAAUUUAGUCACUCUUAGAUGAUCUACACUGCCAUGAUACCUAGUGAGUUUUAUGUAAAGGUUAUAUUUGAGCAAGUUUGCCAUUUAGCUCUUGAAUUUAUUUUUUUAAUGGUAAUUAAAUGUGUAUUUUAUGUGAUUGGUUGUUGACCUCGCAGAAGAAUUUGUUCUUGACUGAAAAAACCCCAACCCAGGAGUCUUUAUAGUUAGUGUGACGUUCGUAAUUAAUAUUAAUUAGUAAAAUAGCAACAAUGAAGGAGCCGAUUGAGUCUUUUUUAAUUUUAAAAGGUGCGAAGUAAAUUAGAAUUGAACUGAAUGUUUUUUUUUUUUUUUAUCUUUUUCUAGAUGAAUUCAGACACUCGUUAAUUGCUGGAACACUUGCGUUAAAGCUUGUGUUAUUUCAUCGUUCUGACGUAUUCAGUGUUGUUCUGCUAUUAUAUGUAGAAAAUAGUCACAAUAGACAAUAUUUUGAAAAAACGAUGAAUGACUUGAGUAGGGGUGUGCAAACUUUUGACUGGUGCUGUAAACAUGACAGUAAUGAAGUAACUUUUCACUGUAUGUCUUUAGUAAAUCAUCAUCAUAGUUUUUAGGGUUUGAUCCCUGAUCUUGGAAAUAAUCUUCGUGAAUGCACCUUUAAAUGAAAUGUGAAGUGGAAGUUAUGGAGAAAAUACAUGUAGAAUUUAAAAAAAAAAUAAAAAUAAAAUGAAGUGAAGUUGACGUGUAUGAGGAGCUGGAACAGAAGGAAAACAUGAACGAGUUUAUUCUGGAGUUUUUUUUGGGUUGCGUUGUGUUUGGUUUUUAUUUUUUUUUCCAGUAGAAUAUAAAUUGUAGACCCUCAACCUGAACAUUUUUUCUGUUUAAUGUUCACACUAAUGUGUGAUUUUGAUUUAAUUUAAAUUUUUUUUUUUUUGCACAUGUGUAAUUUUUCAUGUCCUAACCCAACACCAGGACCUGCACAUGUUGUUUAUUUCUUGUUCUGUUUUUUUUUUCUUUAGUUCUGAUUGAUUAAACACACACGUGAAACCCCUGGAGUGUGCGCUCCAGCUGUUCUGGUUCUGUCCCAUGUCACUGUUUGUUUGUUCGUUUCUCGUUCUCGUCUGUCAUUUUAUUUUGUCUCAGCAGUAUCUGAUCUCACUCCUUCAACCGAAAUCACUCUUUAUUCAUUCUCCAGUUUUUUUUUUUUACACUUUUUCAGUUCGAGUGCAGCACUUGUGAAUUUUCUCUCCUUUUUUUUUCACGGCCAAAGACUCUUUAAUCGCCAGCACUUAAAUUAUUACCGUCAUGUUUCUGUCAUUGAGUUUCAUUUUCUUGAAUUAAACUGAACCUGAACAACCAGCGAUGGUGGAAUUUGUCAUCA